UGAACAAACGAAGCAGGAAAAAAAGUAUCAUGGAAUUCAGUUUUACAGCAACGCCUUCGACCAUACCCACUGUAGCACCCACAGGAGUUACAUCGCCUGAGCAAUUCGCUGGAAUCUCUUCAGGGACACAGCAACCAAAUUGUCUACCGAGCACUUUUACAUUUACCACUAGCAACAGCAAAAUGAUAGCAACAGAGGCAGCAAUAACAGGUCAGCAGACAAACCAGUUUCAAUCUCUAUUCCAACCUCAAUCCCAAAAUCAGUAUGAUCGUGUUUCAGUCAAAAAAGAGUAUGGAAUAGGUGAUACUUCUCAGUGGCGGAAGCGACUCAUUACUCAGAUUGAAGACCGUAUCAAGGAUAAACGGAUAUCCAUCCACAAUGCUCGCCGGUCAGGUCUACAACAGCCUCAGAAUCUAGGCGCAAAUCAAAGUAGCCAUGACAACAACCACUCAUAUAGUCCAGAUAUAGCUUUAUCAUCAGCAUAUUCAGCCAAAGCAGCUGGAUCUGUACCAGCAACAACAGCAACAACAGUGGCACCAACAACUUUUGCGAUAAUCGGUGAAUCUGGAGAAGACACGACUGCUUUUGACGUGGAGGAAGAAAGGAGGAUUGUGGCUGAAGUAUGGGAAACGUUCAAGAGUGAAAACUAUGAGGAGCUAUAUGAAGCAUUUCGGGGGAUGACCGACGUAGAAAUCGAGGAGAUUGAGCAAGACAUCCUCAAGUAUCGAUAUAGUACGGGUUACGACCCAACAUAUGACAUGGUGACAGAUAUGGAGGACCAAGGCAUGGAUGAGACCAUUGAGCAUUACAUGUGGCUAGAGUCAUCUUUAAAAGCAGAUCCUCAGGGUGACCCCGAUGUGAUGGCAGCAUUGUCGCUCUCUGUAACGCUCCUUUCAGGAACAACAUGUGUCCAAUGUCAUCAUGGGUUGAUUGUAUUUGAACCAACUGUCAGUUCAGAUCCAAUUUCGAAUCAAUCCAAAGGUCUCAGGGCGAGUUGCGCGGCUGCAUGUGGGUUCUAUCUGGAGAAGGAAGCGUUAUUAUACUUUGCCAACGCAGCACGGAGCCACAGUGAGAGAUGUCUCGGCCGAGUUCAACUUGCAUUUGAUGAGGAUACAGGUCUGCUGUUACUGUGCCCACAGUGUGAUUUACUCGCAUGAAGCUACAUACAUUCACGAUAUCAGAGGGGCAAGCAAUAAAAUUUGUGGAAGUGUGGAAUAGACAUGUCUAAAUAUGACUACAAGUGCAGUGAGCCAGACAAGCUUUUUUUUUUUGAGUCUUGUCCAUUUGCAAAGAGCAGAC